CGGUGCAGCAUCGGCGCGGGCUCUCCUCACAACGUCUGGCGCGCCAGCCAUAUCAUCACUGCAAAUCAGCCAACAUCAUGGCCGACUCAUUGGAGACCGCGCUGGCCAAGAUACGCCCUCACACAUCGUCGUCACUACCUCACCAAAAGACACCUGCGACCCUGCUGCACGCUCUCGAGGCGACCUUCCGGGAGCAGAACACUCAACCGUCUCCAACCGCCUACUUCGCCGCUCUUCUAACUACCAUCGAGGGUGCCUUGCAAGCCGCACCUACAUCCGGACCACCACUUGGCGACGGAGAUGUACUACCUGCAAUCCUCUACUUACUCGCCCUUGUCACCCCGCACGUCUCGCACCCUGUCAUACGGGCCCACCUAGACACCACAAUAUCACUCACAUCACCCCUGUUUCCUACUCUUGUCUCCCAUGCGCCGCCGUUGCGAUCGCAGCUCGGACUGUACGGUGCGAUCUUCCAGGCCCUCGAACGUCCGCAGCUAGAGUCACAGGGCCUCCGCCAGUCUUUCAAUUUCAUUCUGCAGCUCACCCUCGAUCCACGUCCGAAAGUGCGGAAGAAGGCUUGUGAGAUCGUCAAAGAAGUCCUCGCAAAUCCGCCGGCCCCAUUGCUUCAACAUCCCUAUGCUCAGCGAGUCGCGGAUUGGUCCAUCUCCGCUCUCGGAGAAGUCAACACGGGUGCCCCAGUGAAGUUCAAGGGGAAGAAAGCAGAGACAGACAACCCGGACACUGCGAUACAUCUGCUCGCAUUUUUGCGCCCUGUUCUCCCCACACUUCCUGCUGCAUCCUUGCCCUCCCUAACAUCAUCCCUCCUCCUGCUCCCGCGGCUUGGCAACCCCUACCUUGCACAGUCUGCGUACUCCCUACUCUCCGAUCUGCUUAGUUCGGCCGUCGACGAUCCAUCAAGCGGUAUUCGAGAGCAGCUUUCGGACAUCCUCGAUGCCGUUCUCUCGUCUUCGCCCGCCAAGACCGACACUGUCCUGGCACCUGUGUGGGCAGCGGUCCUCGGAAACGCUAUGCUUGCGCUUUACGCGACUGACUCAGAGAAGAGUGCGAAGGAUGUGAACAAGGCCUGGAAGGCAGCAUGGCCGCUGCUCGAGUUCCAGGACACAGAGACACGCAAGGCGGCGGCCCAGGCCCUCAACCAAGUGGGUCAGUGUUUCGCGCCUUCACUUAUCAAAUCCGCGCUCGCGGAGAAGGCUGGUCAGGAGAAGAAGUCGGUCAUUGGCAAGAUCGUCGCGCAGACGACCAAAGCCUUCGACGCACUCAGCUUGGCCCGCUCGAUACUGGAGUUGCUCGCGGUUGUCUCGUCACUCAUCGAUAAUCUGAGGUAUCGCGGUGGCUCCAGAACGUCACCGACGGCGUCCGAACAGCUCCUUCUGCCCCUUAUCGCGAAGGUGGGCGACCUCAGGGUACAGAAGACCUUCGAGUACAAGGAGGCCGCAGAUGCCACUCUGAGCACAGCUAUGCGUGUUCUGGGUCCCGAGGUUCUGCUCAAGGCUUUACCUCUCGAUCUCGAACCAGCGGACAGACAAGCUGGUCGUGAACCGCGUGCCUUCCUACUCCCUCUCCUCUCCCAGCCACAUCCCUCGCCUCUCGGACAUUUCCUGGCGUACUUCGUACCUCUCACGGAGCGCAUGUUCGAUCUACAGCAAACCGCAGAGAGCGCCGGCCGCAAGUCGGAGGCGAAGGUGUGGAGCGUCCUCGUCGAGCAGAUUUGGCAGGGCUUACCGGGCUACUGCUGGGGACCCCCGGAUCUGCAGAAGGCCCUGACACCAGAAUUCGCCCAGCUGCUGUCCCAGCUUCUGUACAACCAGACGGAGCUGCGGCCGGCCAUUCUGCGCGCUCUCAAGACGUUGAUCGAGUCGAAUCUCGCCAUCGCCUCUGGAGACCUCACCAAACUUCCGGAGUCGGUGCGCGUUGAUGUGAUCUCAGAAGCGGAGGCCGAGCAGAACGUGAAGUUCCUGCGCGGGCAGGCCGAGAGUUGGCUUGCUGUGCUCUUCAACGUGUUCAGCAGCGCCGGGAGAGACUCGCAGGGCAUGGUCGGGGACGUCGUCAGUGUGUGGGCUGGCAUCGCCGGUGAGCAGGAGAUUGCUAGGGCAUACAUCAAGCUUGUCGACCUGUUCAAGCAGAACCUCGUGAAGACGAGUAAGUCUGCGGGCGCAAAGGGCCUAGAGAACAUCACCGCGGUAACCCAAGACCUGCUCGUGCUCGUGUUGCCUCACCUUUCCUCCGUGGAUGCUACCGCGCUCUUCGACCUCUGCCUCAAGAGCGAGGUGCUGGAGAGCAGAGACAACGGCGUACAGAAGCGCGGGUACAAGAUCCUUGCGAAGCUCGUGGAAGGCGAAAAGGCGACGGUAGAUGUUGACGCGGUGCUCCGGCAACUGGACGGUGUCGCUGAUGGUCUCGCUGCGGCAGCAAAGAAGGACCGAUUCCAGCUGCUCACUCGUCUUGUCCCACUUAUACCACCUGCGCAUCUUCAUCUCAUGCUGUCCGUCAUCCCAGAAGCGGUUCUCGGUACCAAGGAGCCGUCCGAGAAGGCUCGCAAUGUUGCAUUUGACCUGAUUGUUGUGAUGGGCAAGAAGAUGAACGAGGGUGGAGUAGUCAAGCGGAGUGCGGUUGACGGAAUGGAUCAGGAUGGUGCUCCAGAAGCGACUGCUAGUCUUGACGAAUACAUGACCAUGAUUGCUGGCGGACUAGCAGGUGCGACGCCGCAUAUGAUUAGUGCGACCGUCACAGCUAUUUCCCGUCUCGUCUUCGAGUUCAAGGAUUCGCUGUCCCUUCAGAUGCAAAAGGAUAUCUUCACUACCCUCCUCGUCUUCGUCACCUCCGCCAACCGCGAGAUUGUCAAGUCCGUGCUCGGUUUCGUCAAGCUCGCGAUCCACACAAUGGCCGCCGACCUUCUCCGCCCGCACCUCAAGGAGCUUGUCCCUGCUCUUCUCCGCUGGUCGCACGACCACAAGAACCACUUCAAGGCGAAGGUCCGCCACAUUUUCGAGCGCAUGCUCCGAAGAUUCGGGUGGGAGGAUGUGUACGCUUGUGCGGGUGAGGAGGACGCACGCAAAGUGCUGGUGAAUAUCAAGAAGAGGAAGGAUAGGGCCAAGAGGAAGAAAGCCAUGAACGCGGAUAACGAGGACGAGGAGGAACCCGCGUCGAAGCCCUCUGGUGGAGAUGCCUUCGAGGACGUUUUAUACGGGAGCGAGAGUGAGCUUGACGAUAGCGAUGAUGAUGUACCCGCAGCUCGCAACGCGCGGUCUGAAAAAUCCAAGAACAACAGCGGAGGGGCUCGUAUUCGUAUGGACGACAAUGAACCCAUGGAUCUCUUGCACGGUGCAGCAGCCCGUCUCACCAACGCAAAAGGUGGCAAGCGGCGAAAGCCGGGCCAGGAUGCCGCUCGCUUCAAGACAGAUGAAGACAGUGGCAAAAUGGUCAUUGACGAGGACGAGGAAGCAGCGGAUGAGGUCGCGGCAGCAGACGACGCUUACAAGGAGAGCUUGACAUCAGCAGACGGUUUCACGCGCGGUCCGAACGGGCGUAUCAAGUUCAACAAGGACACGAAGAAACGGCGGAGAGAAAAUGAGGAGGCUGACGCAGAUGUCGAGAUGGGCGAGGCUGAUGCGGCCGGUGGCAAGAAGAACAAGCGGAGAACAGAAGCUAAGCUUGGCCAAGAGUUCAAGGCUAAGAAAGCUGGAGGCGAUGUCAAGAAGGGGGGCGUGGAGCCAUACGCCUACCUGUCGUUGUCACAAGCAGCCAAAAAGCAGGGACGCAAGCGCGUUGGAAUCGCUGGGAAGCGAUGAAGCAGACCGUUCACUAGCUGUGCUUGUACCUGUGUACUUUCUGAGGAUCUAUCUCGCUAUGCAUGUGUCUUUCGAA